AGAAUGAUCACUUUGAGAAGCCCUAGCGUGAAUUCUUCCACCUUCAUUCUCACUGCAUUUUCGGGCCUGGAGCAACAAUAUCCCUGGAUCUCCAUUCCCUUCUUCACCACGUAUACCUUGGUGUUUUGGGGCAAUUGCAUGGUGUUGCAUGUGAUCCGGACGGAGCCCAGCCUGCACCAGCCCAUGUUCUACUUUCUGGCCAUGCUGGCCCUCACUGACCUAUCCAUAGGGCUGUCCACAGUGCACACGGUACUGGGCAUCCUGUGGGGGUUCAUUCAAGAAAUCAGCCUGGAUUCCUGCAUUGCCCAGUCCUACUUCAUCCAUGGUCUAUCCUUCAUGGAGUCCUCUGUCCUCCUUACUAUGGCCUUUGAUAGGUAUAUUGCUAUUUGCCAUCCACUGCGUUAUUCCUCCAUUCUGACUAAUUCCAGGAUUUUCAAAAUUGGGCUCACCAUAGUAGCUAGGAGUUUCUUCUUUAUUAUACCCCCCAUCAUCAAUCUGAAAUUUUUCCAUUAUUGCCAUUCCCACAUCCUGUCUCACUCAUUCUGCCUGCACCAGGACCUUCUCCGCCUAGCUUGCUCAGACAUCAGAUUUAAUAGCUAUUAUGCCCUGAUGCUGGUCAUUUUCACACUGUUGUUGGAUGCUGCUCUGAUCCUCUACUCCUAUGUGCUGAUUCUUAGGGCAGUCCUGGCAAUUGCCUCUCAGGAGGAGCGGCAUAAAUCGCUGCAGACCUGCAUCUCCCACAUUUGUGCUGUUCUGGUGUUCUACAUCCCUAUCAUUAGCCUAACAAUGGUGCACCGUUUUGGCAAGCAUCUAUCCCCUGUGGUCCAUGUCCUCAUGGGCAACAUCUACAUCCUUUUCCCACCUUUGAUGAAUCCCAUCAUCUACAGUGUCAAGACCCAGCAGAUUCGAAGCAGAAUGCUCAGACUCUUUUCUCUGAAAAUAUGUUGAGAUGCUCAGGUCUUUUAA